AUGGUCUCCACUCUUGCUAUCUCUGGCUCUAUUUCUUUCGCAGCGCUGGCCGCUGCCAAAGAAUGGCAUUUCGGUGCUGCGUUUGGAUCCCCGUUUGACGUUACCACCGACUGCGCCGAUAUCGACAAUAUCUCCCCCGAGCUCCUUAUCAACUGGGGUCCCGACAACCGCCACGACGCGACGAUCAAUGUCUGCAACAACACCAAUAUCAAGUUCUUGCCCUACCUCUGGGGCCAGACCUGGGACGACUCCGAGCUCAACGCACUUCCCAACGACGACGCGCCUUGGGCCGUCAUCUUCGAGAACGAACCCAACUGGUGGGGCGGCGAGCCGCUCACCGACGAUCAUGGCGACGGGUGCAAUAUGACGGCGACUGCCGCAGCCGCCAAGUACAGCGGCCACACGCAGAUCAUCAACGAGAAGUGGGGCGUCGGCGUCGUGAAGCUCAUCUCUCCCUCGCCUGUUAACAAGUACUACCCGAUGUGCAUGUACGAGCCCGAGCAGGGCUGCGCGUUCCAGACGCAGAUGGACUGGCUCGCCGAGUACUUCGCCAACUGCGGCACCUGCGAGCAGGACAUCUGGGCGAUCAACAUCCACGACUACAACUGCAACCUCGCGGACACGCAGUCGCUCGUCGCGGACAUGGCCGCCGCGUACCCAGGCAAGAACGUGUUCUUUGGCGAGCUCGGAUGCAACGGCCCCACCGCAGAAGAGAUGGCACAGUACCUCCUCGACUUUUCCGGUUGGGCAUAUCAGGAGGACACGGUUCGGGGGUUCAUCUGGGCGGCGAUUACUAACGACGUUGGCACGCCUGGCUCGGAGCUCUCUACUAAUGGCCAACUGACGCCCGUCGGUCAGGCGUUCAAGCAGAUCCAACAGCAGUACCCUCCCGACUACAACCCAUAA